GCCCCCUUUUGGACAAAAUCGAGGUCACACGGAAGUAGGAACUAACAACAAAGUCUGUGGAGUUGAAUCACCUACGAUCUGGACUCCCGAUAAUGAAUUGUAUCCAGAACAACUAAGUCUAGACUAGAUCUAGAAAAUUUGAUCUAGAGUCUACUAGAAAAUCUAAUUAUGAGAUGAUCCAUCGUAAAAAAUAAAUAAAACAAAUUACAAUGAGGACCGAUCAAAAACUCUUUUGCUUGAAAGUUGUAUUGACAAUUUUCUUGUGCUUUUUAUGGCUGGUUGGGGCAGCCAUAUUUGGUAUUGUGCUGUGGUUCCGUCUAGACUUCUGGACCAAUGAAUACAUUCAGAUAGACAUUGGCUUGGACAGGUACCUCAUUCUCAUCUACAUCUCUCUGGCAGCUGGGGCUGUCAUUGUGGCAUUCUCCAUCUCAGGACUCAUUGGGGGAUGCCUGAAGAAGAAGUUACCUCUGGUUGUGUACUUGAUUGGACUAGUGGCAGCCAUGGGGUUAACAGUUGGAGCAGUCACGUAUGGGGUCAUCUACAGGGAUGAGCUGGAGAGAAGUCUUGUACGUGGGGACACACUGCAAAAAUUGAUCAAAACAUCUUAUGUGCAAGAUUACUCCAAGAUGGUUACAAGGGUCAUUGACAUCAUGCAAUCUGAGUUGGAGUGUUGUGGUGGGAAUUCCCCCUUAGACUACUUGGAGUCGUCCUGGCUAAUGCAAGUGUCAGUCAACAGCCCAGGAACCAAGGUGGUGCCAGCCACCUGCUGCAAGAACUACUACCGCUACCAGUCGUCCCCCACCAACUGCCAGAUGUACGUAGCCCAGUCAGACAGGGAGCUGAGCACUGACAUCUGGAAGGACGGCUGUCAGAUCAAACUUCAAGCUUUUCUUGACAGAUACAUUGUCGUCGUCAUUGGCAUCGCAGCCUUUUUCUUUGUGUUACAGGUGAUCUGUACCAGCAUCACGUCCUACCUGAUCCACCUGCUCAACUCGCUGUACGUGCCCCAGCCUGACGACAUAGUGUACGACAUGGCCCACAACCAGGAGAAGUCACCCUACCCAUCCAGGGGAGACUACAGGGAAUAUUACGCUUAAUACACUUGCUCAAUGGAAGCUUCAAGCUGAAGCAAUGCUUGAAGCAUAUAUUUAGUGAAUGCUUGAAGCAACUAUUCAGUGGAUGCUUGAAGCAACUAAUUAGUGGAUGCUUGAAGCAACUAUUCAGUGAAUGCUUGAAGCAACUAUUCAAUGAAUGCUUGAAGCAACUAUUCAGUGAAUGCUUGAAGCAAAUAUUCAGUGAAUGCUUGAAGCAAAUAUUCAGUGGAUGCUUGAAGCAACUAAUUAGUGGAUGCUUGAAGCAACUAUUCAGUGAAUGCUUGAAGCAACUAUUCAAUGAAUGCUUGAAGCAACUAUUCAGUGAAUGCUUGAAGCAAAUAUUCAGUGAAUGCUUGAAGCAAAUAUUCAGUGGAUGCUUGAAGCAACUAAUUAGUGGAUGCUUGAAGCAACUAUUCAGUGAAUGCUUGAAGCAACUAUUCAAUGAAUGCUUGAAGCAACUAUUCAGUGAAUGCUUGAAGCAAAUAUUCAGUGAAUGCUUGAAGCAAAUAUUCAGUGGAUGCUUGAAGCAACUAAUUAGUGGAUGCUUGAAGCAACUAUUCAGUGAAUGCUUGAAGCAACUAUUCAAUGAAUGCUUGAAGCAACUAUUCAGUGAAUGCUUGAAGCAAAUAUUCAGUGAAUGCUUGAAGCAACUAAUUAGUGGAUGCUUGAAGCAACUAUUCAGUGAAUGCUUGAAGCAACUAUUCAAUGAAUGCUUGAAGCAACUAUUCAGUGAAUGCUUGAAGCAAAUAUUCAGUGAAUGCUUGAAGCAAAUAUUCAGUGGAUGCUUGAAGCAACUAAUUAGUGAAUGCUUGAAGCAACUAUUCAGUGAAUGCUUGAAGCAACUAUUCAAUGAAUGCUUGAAGCAACUAUUCAGUGAAUGCUUGAAGCAACUAUUCAGUGAAUGCUUGAAGCAAAUAUUCAUUGGAUGCUUGAAGCAACUAUUUAGUGGAUAUCCAGCAACACUUGAGAUUUGGUUCUGUUAUUUAGAUGGUGCUAUCAUCAUUCACUCAACCAUCUGAUGAUUGGCUCUAAUCUCCGCUCAAAUUGCCAUCUGAUUGGCAGAGAUUUAUACAAAAACUUUUAAAUGUGGAGAAUAUUUUGUGCAAUACCUGACUGUUGUGUUUUUUUUAAAUAAUUAGACAAAGUCUAAUUAACACUCGACAAAGUCUAAUUAACACUCCUAUCAAAACUCUGGGCUAAUAAGGUCAUCUAAAAAUACUUUGACAAAAUUAGAAUCUGUCUCAAUGAGUCCAGUCAGACGUGAAAACAUCAAUUGUACCUAGUGUGUGAGUGGGUGUGUUGUGUGUGUGUGGGCAGAGGAGGGGGGUUACUUGUGUAUGUGUGUGUGCCUGCUCAGUUUUUAAACUAAGUGCUAACUGCAUUAUCUGUCAUUUUCAUUCAACUUGAUGUUCUUUUUGUUAGUGGAAAUAUGGCAUAACUUUAGAAUCAGGAGCUUAGAUGAACCUCUGAAACCUGAAGUUUUAGAUCUGAAACAUGAAGUUUUAGAUCUGAAACAUGAAGUUUUAGAUCUGAAACAUGAAGUUUUAGGUCUGAAACAUGAAGUUUUAGAUCUGAAACAUGAAGUUUUAGAUCUGAAACCUGAAGUUUGGAAAGUUAUUCACAUGAUAGAUCUUACCAUUGUCAUAGAAUCGAAUACAAAAUGUUGUUCACAUGCUGGCCAAACCACUGGACGUUGGUCAGCACUGGACCCACCGACAAAAAGAGGGGGGGGGGAGAGAUUAGUGACACUCUGGGUGGAGAUGUUUGUGUAUAGGGGAGGUGGUUUAUUUGUAUCUGGGGGGGGGGAGGGGGGGUUAGAAUAUUUUUCUUUUCUUGAUGUUGUUUUCAGCUUGUGUGUCCUCAUUCAAUGUUGUCUUCUGUGCUAUGGUCAUCAGACAACACACAACAUAUGGCCUACAUACGGUGUGUCACUGGUUACAUAACUGCACAUUUACAUGUCAUCUGAAUAUAGCUGUCAUUUUUUGAUUGUUUUUACACUAUUGAAAAGAUAUUUUGUACAUACAUCACUAUUUUCUAUUUUAUAUGUAUUUUAUCUAGACCAAACUUCCAGAGUGCUUCACCUACAGGUGCACCAACGCCUGUAGGUGCACCAACACCUGAAAGGUGCACCAAUACCUGUAGGUGCACCUAUAGAUGCUGGUACAACUGGUUGUCCUAAUGCCAUUUUGUAUAAAUGUUAAGUGUCGCUACUAACACGUUCCAAAGUUUUUUGACCGACCUGUAAGGAAGGUCACAUGACGCAGCAAACAGUAAGGUCACAUGACACACUGUAAGGUCACGUGACGCAGCAAAAAGUUGUUUCUUCAGUCUUUUACUUGACAGCUAACAUCUCGUGCGCCAUUUAUUUACCCUCAAACUGUUCAGCCAUUUUCUUUUCUUUAGAAAUGAUUUACGUUGAGUUUUGCUUGGAGAGAUGAUUUAAACUAAAGGUUAUAUGCCCAUAUAGGCCAGUAUCUUCCAAUCGAAAAUAUUUGAAUGUAACUUUAGUUUUUGAGUGAUCUUGUAAGUUUUUUUUUUCAUUGUCAAGUGUAGAGAACAAGCACUGAAGCUGUGUUUUAUCGACCUUAACCUUACAUGUACUGUAACCUUGGAUCUGUGUCAAAGGUCAUGAGAAACAGACUACUGUAGGUUGUUGUUACCUUUGGUAAUAAAACAUUCAGUAUUGUACGUUUG